AGUUAUUCUCUUACAGCAGCCUCACCAUUCCUAGGCCUUAAAUACUCUAGAAAGGAAAUCCAACAAAACAGGUGAAACCUUUAGAGCUGUUUCUUUUGUUUUUUUCCCCCUAGAAACCAAAAACAAGCAGAAAAAUGCAAGCUUGGUUCUCAGGGGGCAGUAGUGGGGGUGGCGAGCAGAUGAAAGAAGGGUCUUCUCUUUUAGCAGAUUGGAACUCAUAUGCAGCUUCAAGAGAAGCAGAUGAGAGCAUUGCAACUGGGUUUGGGUUCGAUCUUGAGUCUGCUGUGAGGUCUGCGAACGACACUGUCUCUGGUACCUUCAAUGUUGUUUCAAAAGGGGUGAGAGAUCUUCCUGGGAAUUUACAAUCUGCCACAAGUAGUGUCCCUUCAGGAAAAGCACUUAUGUAUUUUGGUUUACUUCUGGCUACUGGGGUCUUUUUUGUUUUCAUCGCCUUUACCAUGUUUCUUCCAGUCAUGGUGCUCAUGCCCCAGAAAUUUGCAAUCUGCUUUACCCUUGGAUGUGGCUUUAUCAUUGGAUCAUUCUUUGCUCUAAGAGGCCCAAAGAAUCAGUUUGCCCACAUGUCAUCAAAAGAGAGGCUUCCUUUUACGUUGGGAUUUAUUGGAAGUAUGGUGGGUACCAUAUAUGUUUCUAUGGUGCUUCACAGCUAUGUUCUUUCUGUGCUAUUUUCUGUAUUACAGGUUCUUGCACUUGCAUACUAUGCUAUUUCUUACUUCCCUGGUGGAUCUGCUGGGCUGAAAUUUCUCACAUCUGCUCUUACCUCUUCAGUAACAAGAUGUUUUAGGAGCUGAACCGGGUCUCUUGGCCUUUGUUUUUUGCCUUGUAUACUUGUCAAUUAGUGAAGAGAUGGUAAAUGGUCCCAGGUACAUUGCUGUAUUGCUUCCAUCUUCUCAACCUUUCCUUGUAUUGCCUGAAAAAAAAAAAAAAAACCCUGUGGCUAAAAAAAAUUGUGAAGAGUGUACCUUUAAAUUUUCCGAUAGUGACUGAACAAUAAAAGUUGGAUCAAUUAACAGCAUGAAUUCUCACUGUUUUGUUUCUUUUCCA